UCUGCUGGAUGUUUAGUUUUACGGAGAGCGAGUACCGGAACUGGACUGUUGUCGCACAAUCUUACAACGGUUAUAUGUACACUUUCUGUCCGCGAUUAAUACAGUAGUUUAGUGGUCUGCGCCAUGGCUUUGUACGGGUGUGUCGGAGCCAUGGCUUUACCUAGCGAGCUUAUCGUCCAUAUAUUUUCAUUCUUGUCCGACCGUGACAAGCUUCGGGCCUCGGCCGUGUGCUCUCGCUGGAGGGAGUGUCUGUUUUACCCAUCGCUUUGGACGGAGCUGAAGUUGCGUGUCGGAGGUGGUGCAAACUGGGGAGGUUCUGGCUCCAAACAGACCCCAAGAUUAGAAUUUCUCAUGAGGAAGUUUGGCGCCUUCGUGCGCGAGCUACAUCUCGAGGUUGCCCCUGUGGACGGAUAUCUAAGCCCACUGAGCGGAGUUGAGGGCAGGAUAGAACCUGUAGAACGCGACCCUCAAUUGCUUGAUCGCUGGAAAGACGCAAGGAUCACAUAUUUGGAACAGGUGUUGUGUGUGCUCAGAUGUAUUCGAAACAACAGAAAUCUCCAGAAGCUGAGUCUGUAUGGGGAUACCUGCAUUCUUCAGGAUGAGGGCAUUCUGGACAGUGCCUAUCUACAGCAGGUUGACCCAGGAGGCAAGAAAAUCAAAGAGAUCCAACAGCUGUUACUGGAGGUUCUGUCUAACAGCAGGAAGAUAAAGUGGCUGUCCUCCGCCUUCAUGCUGGGCGUGGUGACCCCAUGCUCCCUGGCCUCUCUGUCCAACCCCAGCGCAGGCUCCCUGGAGCACCUCGGCUUGCUGGACAACCAGCUGCCUUGCCUGGUCUCACCUGUGGAGCUGGAGCGGCUGGUCCACCUGCGUUCCCUGGCCCUCGACUUCUGUGACUUCACCUCUGAGUUGAGCCACCUACUGGCUGGAGGAGACCGUGCUCCUCUACACCGCCUCUCCCUGAUGCUCAACGGCGCUGCUCUGGAGGCUAAGCCACUCGAUGGCACCGCCAGUGAGGACGACUGGAAGGCCCUGGUCCAACGCAGCGCUAACCUGCGGGUUUACGUGAUGGCACUGGAUGUGUGCAGCCAGGACCUGCUGAGGGUGCUAAAACCAAGCCUGCCCCUGGAGAGGAUCCACCUGGACAGCUACUCCACCUUGGUCACAGACGGAACCCUGGAGCUCAUUGCCCAGCAGUACAACAAGACCCUGAGCCACUUCGUCCUGAUGAGGGAUGACACCGGCUUCCCUGACCUUGGCAUCAACCGAAACGAGGACCCACUGGUCCUACUGGCCUGGCGCUGCGUACACCUCUCUGUAUUGGUCAUCCACGGCUACACUGUGUGGUCCCACAACCUGGUGGCCAUUUCCCGUCUGCGUGGCUCCAGCCUCAAGGUCCUGGCUGUGUCCGAGGAGAGCAUUGACUUCGACCCGGACCAGAGGGUCUUCAUGGAAGGUGACCCCGUCCACAACCUGGUGAAGGAGGUGUCGCUGAGCCUGGGGCGUGUCUGGCACCCUUCUCUGGACUCCAACCUGGUCCUCAGCGAGCCCACCCAGCACUUCCACAGAGAGAUGCAGAGCUUCAGCUUGGGCAUGUAGGCAAGUGCUGCAGCCGCCAGACCGGGCAGCCAUCUGGGUCGUGUUCAUUAGGCAUCAAACAAAAGAAAACCAGACCUAAACAGGAGGGACCCCACUUCACCAAUAAGCAAUGCAAAUUUUCUGUUACUAAAAGUUUUCCAUUGAAUGACUUAAUGAAUACAACCCUGGUCUGGUCUUGCCUGCUGCACAUGCUCAGUGUUUGUCUCUGGACCUAUAAGGUGAUUAGAGGAUCAUCUCAUUUACAUACUUUGUCUUUUAUGUUUAUUUUCUUCUCUGUAGCAUCCUUUGUGCCGUGUUUAUCAGUAUUAGCUCUACAUUUAUAUCUAUCUAUAUAUAUCCUGCUUAUGAUUAGGAGUAUAGUUGAAUAAUUGUUUAGUAGCUAAAUGAGAGGUUGGUGUUGCAAGGGGGCUUUUUUACACAGCUAGCUUAGUUAGUUGUAUUGCAAGUUUUAUUUUUUGCUUUGUGUUUUGUCUAUCAGCAAGUGCUGAGUUAUCAGUUAAUCCACCUUGGCUUUUUGCAAUGAUGGAAUCCUGUGUACUUGUUCGUGCACAUUUUUGUUUUUAAACAGGAGAUUAGUCUAGUAGUCUUCCGGCAGAGGGAGGGACCGUGCUGAUGGAGUGUGUGGUUAGCCCCCCCCCCCCUCAGCCCAGCAAGAUCCUGUCUGCUCUUUACGUUUGUGUUUUGGAGAUGAUAUUGUUGCUAUGUUACGGGACUAAGAUCCUGCUGGUUCUUCUCAACCCAGAGGUGGGAUAUGAUAGGUUUCCACACUGACACUGAGUUUCCUACGUUCUACUUAAGUCAGGGGUUAGCGUUGCGAGUCGUACGCUGCAGUUUGCUCUCAGAAAAAUCCUGUCUCAGGUGGGCAAAACAUGAUUCUAUGAAGAUGGUGAUGAUGAGGAUGUAUAUACUAUGAAGCAAUCAGCUAGUCUGUCAGUCUAAUGCAGUUUUCUUUUCUUCACAUUUGCCUUGGAAAACCCCUUGUUUUCUAGUAUCAGUAGUUUUUUCCAUCCAAUCUGCCCCUUUUUUACCAUGGGGUAAACAAACUUAGUUGUACAUUUGUUUUAAGAUUAAGGUGUUUAAAGAAUGGCAAAAAGCUACUCCUUGCACAUGUUUCUCUUGUUCACAGCUAUGUUCGCUGACUCCAGGGCCACAGUGUUUCACCAGCUGAACGUUGGAUUGAGGGCUCAGAGUAGUAGAGGGAAUCUGAGGUUGAUUGCUCAGUGGUAGAAUGUAAAUAUGAAGCUAACAACCUUAAUGUGUAAAGUUGUCUGCUAUCCAGAAUUCCCCUAAUCUUUUUUGUUGUUGCUUGUAAAGCUUCGGGAGCCAGUCUUGACUGAUAACGCAGUAGUGUGUGGGGCUUGGAAUAGGUGACCUGUGGUUGUUUUGUGCUGCUGAGAUGUUGGAGCAUUCCGGAAAAGAGGAGUGUAGGUUUCUCUUGAUCUUGUGUGAUUUGUGAAGCUGUCGGUCAGCUAUUACUUUUUGUUGUGUUCCUCCGUGCCCAUAACUUUCGUUGGUACUACCAAAGCCAGCCAUUUUAGUCAAGGAAGAGAAACGCAGUAUGCAGAGUUCUGUAUAUUGAGGAAAAAAUAUGUUUGCUUAGAAACAGCUGGCAAGGUGUGUGUGUGUGUGUGUGUGAUCCAUGAUUCAAACAAUGUAACGAUCAGCCUAUGGGAUCCACUACUAACCUGUUUAGUUGUGGCAGUAAGAUAUGAGCCUGCAUGCAAGGUUCCACUUGGGUUAAACUUAGUCUAUUGACGGUUGAUGCAUGAGAAGUGAUAAAGGAAUAUUGAAAUGAUAUACAUGUUAACAGAGGGAUUAUUACAUUUUUUUGUUUGUUUUUAGUACCACACCAAAGAGGAUGUAGAUAAUAUUCUAUAUUUGGAGUUAACUUGUUUGUGCUGAACAGGGGUAGUGUAAGACCUUUUUAGAGGAUGACAAAUGCCAGUUAAUUGUUACAAUGUGUAAAACAUCCUAAUGCUGUGCCUAAAUCCAGUGUAGCUUUCGCUCAGUUUUUUUGUGUGUGUUCGUUUCCAGUUCACCAUUCAUUGUCUAGUACAGCAUUUGACUACCGUUAAAGCAUAUUUUAUUUCCGCAUUGUUUUUGUGUGUGUGUGUGUGUGUGUGUGUGUGUGUGUGUGUGUGUGUGUGUGUGUGUGUGUGUGUGUGUGUGUGUGUGUGUGUGUGUGUGUGUGUAUAAAGUUUCGGAAGUGCAUACAUCAAAGAAUUAGCCGUAUGGUGUGCUUGAAGCAAAGCAUGGUGUACCUCUUUCUCACCAGUGAGCAGGAAACUGCCUUUUUCAGGGUUACUGUCAGUUGAGGAGAGGUGUUCCAUGCCUAAAAAAUAAAUGAUGAAAGUUAGAAGACUCUUUUUUUUACAACAAGUCACUGGAUUAAACAAAACGGUCUGUCAGCGUGUCUGCAUCAGCUGCCAAAGAUAACUGUGUGAAACGACCCUUAUGAAGUGCCCACGUGCUGGCAUAGGGAAGGGCCAAUGGCUGAUCAGCCAAAAUGUACUACUAUGACUGCUCCUCCACAAAUACUACUAGAAAUAUACCUACUGAAUAUGGGGUGAAGAUGGACCACGUGGUGCACAGCUGUGCUGUGGCUUGAUCAACAACAGAGCUCUCGCUCACCAGUUUCAUUGUGAAAAGUGAAUGUCAUUUAAGUAUAGAUAAAAUCAAGUUUUGUUGAUUCUUUCAGCCCUGUAUGCUGCUAUCAGAUGUGUAAGGAACAUUCCACUGGGGAGUUAAAAACCAACAAUUUCUUUUUUUUUUAGGGUCAAUUGGAGUAAAUUAGAGUAAAUGAUGCAAAAUUGGUAUUUUGCUGUGUGAAGUCCUAUAGAAGUGGUUGUGUAGCCUAGUCUCACUCUGCAUGUUAACAGGCAUAGCAGUGGAGGUAUUUUCUUUUCUUUUUAUACUCUGGAGAAACAUACCAUUUGGGUUAUUACAGCUUACAAAUCAGUUGGUUCCCUUUUUUUCUUGACAUUUUUUAUGCUUGACAUUUUUUGUCAUCACAAUCCACAUCUCUUGUUGAAAAGGAGGAACCUAUAUAGCGACAGUGAGCUGCUUGAGGGCAGGUCCAUCUGAGAGUUAACUGUUACCUGUAGAACCUCAUUGUGCUGCAGAAGCUACAGCUAAAUGACCUCAUACCAGCCUUAUUAUGAGCGUAAACGCUUGAAGUCAAGAGACCUGAGUGAGGAGAAUUCUGUUUUUGUUUUAUUCCAUUAUUAAAAACCUGCACCACUAUCAUACCACAAGUUCACUGUUAUGGGGGUCAGGAGGGAGGUGAGCUUAAACAUGUCACAUCUCUUAAUGGCUGGCUUGCGUUACAGCCAAGUCAAACGCAUAUAAUCCAGUGGCUUUUAUCUUUCUGUCACUUACAAAUGGAAAUAACAAUGUGAUUGUUUUAAGAUCUUGAUUCUUUGGAAGCCAAACUCUGUUUCAAAGGCGACCAUGGGUUACAGACAUGGUCUCUAUGAGACUGGCCAGCAGGCCCCAGUUUUAAGUGGUAUGAAUGUUGUGCAUUUGUUUAAAAUCAGGAUAUUUUAUUGCAAAAUAAGUCAUGCAUUACAAGAGGCCACCAUGGGGCACUAGCAGUGCGAACACCUAGGCUGUGUCCUUAUAAGCUUUCGGGAAAGAAAAUAACUGCGUAUUUGUAUAUAUCAAUACAUUAAUGUAUACUCUUAUGCAACAUAUGUCCGGGUUCUAUUUAUGAACAUUUGUAAGCUUUAAGAUGGUUUUACCAUUUUUGCUAAAUGUUGAAAUAUUUGGACAGGUGUGUUCUGUCAACUUUGUCUCAAGUGAGCGCAUAGCAUUGGAUAUGUACAGUACAUCUGCAAAUGGGAACUCCACUGGUGCAGGUGUGAAAAUGGCAAGUGUAGAGAAUUUUGAUUUGAAAAAGUGAUGCAAGAUUAAAGGAAAAAGCCUAAGUGACAUUGUGUAAACCAGCUGAAUAUUGAUGGUUCUUUUUAAACCAGUGAAUAAAAGCAUUAAACACAAA